GGUCGCGUUGGGACCCGUGCAGCAGCAGGGGCAGAGGUUGCCGUCAGUCCUGGCUGCAGGAUCACGUCUCUGCAGGGAAUCCAGUGCUCCUCUGGAGCUCCCUUGUGCUCAUCAGAUUAUCUGGAUACCACACGUAGCAUCUAUAUUAUUAAAGCACUUGCGUGGAGCGUGUUGCAGCAGCACCAUAACAGCGAUAGAGGCGCUUUCCAGUUUUACGCAGACUUUCUCAUAAAGGUGUCAGGGAAGUGUGUUUCCAGGCAGUUGUGAAGGAGAUGAGGCAUAGAGGAGGCGACUGGCCCUUGGAGCCAAGCUGUAAAGGUUUUGGCUUGGGGAGGAAGUGCAGGGGUAGGGUACGGAGAGGAGAAGCGGAGGAGCUUACAGCUUUCAGGAAUUACUGAAUUUAUCCACCAUCUCAAUCUCGUGCAUGCUUACGCCAUACUCGCCAACCCAUGGUACAGAGAUGCUAAGAGCCAAGGAUGCUCUCCUGCGCCUGUGGCCCCACCGCUGCACGUGUCUGGCACAACUUCCAGCCUGCCGGUUCGCAUGGCGUUCGCUGCACAGGCAGCCGCUGCACCCCGAGUGGGCUGCCCUUGCUGAAAAGCAGCUGAAAGGCAAGAAUCCAAAGGAUUUAAUUUGGCACACCCCAGAGGGGAUCGACAUCAAGCCUUUAUACUCCAAAAGGGACACAAAAGACCUCCCUGAGGAGCUGCCAGGGGUGAAACCUUUCACUCGAGGACCCUACCCAACCAUGUACACAUAUAGGCCGUGGACUAUCCGCCAAUAUGCUGGCUUCAGUACAGUGGAAGAGAGCAAUAAGUUCUACAAGGACAACAUUAAAGCUGGCCAGCAGGGAUUAUCUGUUGCUUUUGAUUUAGCCACUCACCGUGGUUAUGAUUCAGACAAUCCACGAGUUCGAGGAGACGUUGGAAUGGCUGGAGUUGCCAUUGAUACAGUGGAAGACACCAAAAUCCUUUUUGAUGGAAUUCCUUUGGAGAAAAUGUCAGUUUCUAUGACGAUGAACGGGGCAGUCAUUCCCGUGUUGGCAACAUUCAUUGUAACUGGAGAAGAACAGGGAGUGCCUCAGGCCAAGCUGACAGGGACAAUCCAAAAUGACAUCUUGAAGGAGUUCAUGGUCCGAAAUACGUACAUUUUCCCCCCAGAACCAUCGAUGCGGAUUAUUGCUGACAUCUUCCAGUACACCUCAAAGUAUAUGCCAAAAUUUAAUUCCAUUUCAAUCAGCGGGUACCAUAUGCAAGAGGCAGGCGCUGAUGCCAUUCUGGAAUUAGCUUAUACUAUAGCAGAUGGCUUGGAGUACUGCAGAACUGGACUUAAAGCUGGCCUUACCAUUGAUGAAUUUGCACCAAGGCUCUCCUUCUUUUGGGGAAUUGGCAUGAACUUCUAUAUGGAAAUAGCUAAGCUGAGAGCUGGAAGGCGGCUGUGGGCUCACUUGGUGGAGAAAAUGUUUAAGCCCAAGGAUCCCAAAUCUCUUCUGCUGAGAGCGCAUUGUCAAACUUCGGGCUGGUCACUCACUGAGCAGGAUCCCUUUAACAAUGUUAUCCGUACUACAAUUGAAGCAAUGGCUGCGGUGUUUGGAGGUACACAAUCUUUGCAUACAAAUUCAUUUGAUGAAGCCUUAGGUUUGCCUACAGUGAAGAGUGCUCGCAUUGCUCGGAACACGCAGAUCAUAAUUCAGGAGGAGUCAGGUAUUCCUAAAGUGGCGGACCCCUGGGGCGGAUCUUACCUCAUGGAGUGCCUCACCAACGAUGUCUAUGAAGCUGCUUUAAAGCUUAUUGAGGAGAUUGAAGAAAUGGGUGGCAUGGCCAAAGCUGUUGCUGAGGGGAUUCCCAAACUUCGUAUUGAAGAGUGUGCAGCCCGAAGACAAGCCAGGAUUGACUCUGGGUCUGAAGUAAUUGUUGGAGUAAACAAGCAUCAGCUAGAAAAAGAGGAGACAGUCGAAGUUCUGGCUAUUGAUAAUACUUCAGUCCGUAGCAAGCAGAUCGAGAAGAUCAAUAAGGUGAAGGCUAGUAGAGAUCAAGCAGCAGCCCAGCAAUGUCUCGCUGCUCUAACGCAGUGUGCUGCUACUGGGGAAGGCAACUUACUUGCACUUGCAGUGGAAGCAGCACGUUCAAGAUGCACCGUUGGAGAAAUAACAGAUGCAAUGAAGAAGGUGUUUGGGGAGCAUAAAGCCAGUGACCGAAUGGUGAGCGGAGCUUAUCGCCAGGAGUUUGGAGAGAGUGAUGAAAUUCUUCAUGCCAUCAAUAGAGUUAACAAGUUCAUGGAUCGUGAGGGGCGCAGGCCUCGUAUACUUGUUGCAAAGAUGGGUCAAGAUGGUCACGACAGAGGAGCUAAAGUUAUUGCUACGGGAUUUGCAGACAUUGGCUUUGACGUGGACAUAGGUCCCCUCUUCCAGACCCCUCGAGAAGUGGCCCAGCAGGCGGUUGAUGCAGAUGUGCACUGUGUUGGUGUGAGCACACUUGCAGCAGGUCAUAAAACUCUUGUGCCUGAACUCAUCAAAGAACUCAACGCCCUUGGCCGGCCAGACAUUCUCGUCAUAUGUGGAGGUGUCAUCCCACCUCAGGAUUACGACUUCCUGUAUGAAGCCGGCAUUACCAGUGUGUUUGGUCCAGGGACUCGUAUUCCAAAAGCAGCAGUCCAGGUGUUGGAUGAUAUUGAGAAGUGCCUGGAGAAGAGGCAGCAAUCUAUGUAAUGCUGAAAUGUCACACAACGCAACCAGCCUUAUACUAAUCGCUUACAGAAUGUAAUCAUCAGCAAGGGAUGGCCAGCCACAUACCUUUGGUUCCACUGCCCCGCGGCCUGGUGUUUUGUGCUUUCUAAGAAAGUUGUAAAUUCUCUGCUUGUUCUAUUUGAGGAUUAUUUAUAUAUGUACCCACAAGAAAAUUUUAUCUCUAGAACUAUGACUUCAGGGAAUGAAGGGAAUUCAGUAGGUGGGUUUGGUUUUUUUUUUCCAGAUAUACUGAUAAAUAAAAUAUCUGUUCCAGCUCUUUGGUUGAUCUCUUUUGCAUGCAGGGAACUUCUUUUGAAUUUUUUGGCAGGCAUUGUAGACCUAGAAGUCUUCAGGCAAAAUCACUAAAGUUCAGCAGAGAUGUGAUUGAAUCCAGCAGCACUUUGAUGUUAAUCUGACUUAACUCUCUUUAGAAAUGUGUAAGUAGAUAAACCGUAAUUUUUCAGAGUUCAUGGUUUGUUUAAUAAGAUACAAAUCCAGUAGUUGGCAGUAACCCGUAUAGGAGCAGCUGUGCACUUCCGCUCUGUCUGCAUCCGUGCCCUUCCCUGGUACUUCAUUAUUUCUCAAAUGAAGUUAAUUUCAGUGCUCAUUCUCCCUUGCUUAGUUCUGUAUUUUUGUCCCGUAUUGUUCUUGCUAUCCCUGUCUAUUUAGCAGUUGGACUUUCUUCAGGUAAAUUGAUCCUAAAUUCUUACCAUUUUUGUCUCCCCUCCAGAAGGAUUUUGCUUUAUACAUGUGAAAAGUCCUUUGUGGAAUCCAUACAAGGUAAAUGGGGUGUGAGAGUCUUUUGAGGGGCAGUCCCUGGCAUUAUGGCCCUGUCCCACUUCACUUCAUUUUGCCUUGUUGCUCAUUGCAUCCCAUCAUAAAAUGAGACUACAGCCUCCCUGGGAUAGUGCUUGUAUCUGCCUUAUGGUGGAAGAGGCUGUAGCACACUUCUACGAUGUUCAGCACCAUCAUACCUUAUUCAAAAUGAGAUUGAUGCAGUUGGCUAGAAAUUGCAGAUCCAAUUAAUAGCAUGGUAUCCUCACUUCAAAGGUUGCAGUUGAACAGAUCUGAUCUUAAAGUAAGCUUGUUUAAUGGGGCACUUGCCAGUAGUCUCACUGCUCAGAAACAAGAAGGUUGAGUGCCUUGCUGUUUUCUUCUCUCUGUCUUUCUAAUUAAGGUUUAAAUUAUUGAUCCCAAACCAGACCUUUGCCUUGAGAACUCCUUGGGCGUUUAUUCUCAACUAUUUAUAAGUAUCUAAUUCCCUCCAAGAAAGAUUGGUAUGGUUCAAACCAGGAUAUACAGAAAGUGACAACAAUUAAAAUACUCGUUUAUGUCUUUUCACAAGCCUUCUUGCUUGACGACUGGAAAAAUACAUAGUCAAAGUGUCAGUGACUUCUAAACUUUGUAAUGACAGUCAUUUCAUUCAUUUCUUUCUGUCUGUGGUUUCUCUGCUCUUUGAUAAUAAUAUAUGUCAUCUACCUGU